AACGACAUGUACCAAGCCGUUACAUCGACACAGCUACUUAGGGUUAGCUAAUUAGCCUUUAGCGUGACGGACAUCGUUGUCCACACAAUAAAUGACCCUUGUUUGUAAACAAACAGCAGCAUUUAUGUGGCUUGGUGGUCAUUUCAAUGGCGUUUAAUGGCCACUGCCGCGACGAUGACAUUAUCGACGAAGACGAAACGCCCAAGAAGCUGCCGCGGUCCUCGAAGGAAAUGCCCGGUUUGUGCAGGAGCGACCCCCACAAUGAAGCAACUGCAACCCCCGGACCGUCCACUUCUGAGCGUAGGACCUUCAACUCCACCGGGAGGCUUCGGGCGGACUCGGUGAAGAAAAGCAGGCCGCCAUUUCCCUGGUUUGGUAUGGACAUUGGAGGCACUCUUGUAAAGCUAGUGUACUUUGAGCCUAAAGACAUCACAGCUGAGGAGGAGCAGGAGGAGGUGGAGAACCUGAAGAGCAUCCGGCGGUACCUCACCUCAAAUACUGCCUAUGGGACCACAGGCAUCAGGGAUGUCCACCUGGAGCUGCAGGACCUGACGCUGUGUGGACGCACCGGAAACCUGCACUUCAUCCGCUUCCCUACCCAAGACCUGCCUGUCUUCCUCCAGAUGGGACGAGACAAGCACUUCUCCAGCCUCCACACCACCCUCUGUGCCACGGGAGGGGGAGCCUACAAGUUUGAGGCUGAUUUCAGAACGAUGGCCGAUUUAGAGCUGCACAAACUGGACGAACUAGACUGCCUGAUCCGCGGUGUUUUGUACAUAGAUUCUGUGAUGCCCAGAGAAUGCUACUACUUUGAAAACCCCACGGACCCGGAGCACUGCGUGGAGAGGCCCUACCCUCUGGAGAACCCUUAUCCUCUGCUGCUGGUCAACAUCGGGUCAGGGGUCAGCUUCCUAGCAGUUUACUCCAAAAACAACUACAAACGAGUCACUGGGACCAGUCUGGGCGGUGGGACCUUUCUAGGCUUGUGCUGUCUUCUGACCGGCUGCUCCACCUUUGAAGAAGCUUUAGAAAUGGCGUCUGAAGGGGAGAGCACGCGAGUGGACAAACUGGUGCGUGACAUCUAUGGAGGGGACUAUGAGCGGUUCGGACUGCCUGGCUUUGCUGUGGCCUCCAGUUUUGGCAACAUGAUGUCCAGAGAGAAGCGAGAGUCUGUUUCCAAAGAGGACUUGGCGCGGGCCACUUUGGUCACCAUCACCAACAACAUCGGCUCCAUCACCCGAAUGUGCGCUCUCAAUGAGAACAUCGAGCGAGUGGUGUUUGUGGGGAACUUCCUGAGAGUGAACACUCUCUCCAUGAAGCUGCUGGCUUAUGCCAUGGACUACUGGUCUAAAGGACAACUCAAAGCACUGUUCCUGCGACAUGAAGGUUACUUUGGGGCUGUUGGAGCGCUGCUGGAGCUUCUCCAUCCCUCUGAAUGUUUGUGAAUGAAACCUUCACCUGUCGAUGCUGCAGAAACACUGAGCACUUUGACCCAAGAUCUUUUGUUCUUUUACCACAAAGUUUAACAAACAGUUUAAAAGAGCAGCUGCUGUGACUGAACCAAAGUUUGUGUAUCUCAUGGAUUUCACCUCCAGUGGCCUUGUUUCCUUCAGCCUGUGGACAGAGUUACUCAUCACUGUGACAACCGCAGUACCAAAGAUGUUUGGUCUGUUGCACUAAUGUAGGCACAUUAUUUAAAUGGAGGUUAUACAGUUUUAAGACUGGAAAGUCCAAAAAUGGUCAUGUGAUACUGAAUACUUUGAUACCUGUGUAUACUAUUUACAGAUACAUUCCGGCACUGAAUAUGGUUUGUUAAACCUUGUGGCUGGAUUUGAUCAUUUGAAUUAUCUAAUUAAUAGAUAGAUUAAUAGUAUAACAGAAUAUCUGAAGAACUUUUUUUUCACUUUUUGACGAUUUUUAUUUAACCCACGGCAUCAUAAACUAGUAAUAAUAUCCAGUAUAUAUACAUACCUUAAGUUUCCACACUGGAGAUCUGUAUUUCUUUUGUUUUUUGUUGAAGCUUUAUUUGAUAAACUUAUCUUAUAUGUGUUUGUGGAUUCACAGUAAAUACUGCGCUAAUGUUGGGAUUCUCCCAAAAAACAAUGACAGGUUUUAAGACAAUCAGGCAUAACUUAUGUAAGUUAAUAUUGAGCUCUUUUUAAAUUGAACCCAAAGCAUAUUUGUCUCAGUGAAAGAUUUAUUUUUUUUUUGUAAAUGAUGGGACCAUCUAUGAAAGUAUUGUUGUCUGUUGGUCUAAAGUGCCUGUUUUUGUAUUACAUUUCUGCAAAACAAAAGUUUGUUGAGUAUGUUAUCAAAAAAUCAUUUAACAUUUUCAUACUGAUGUUUCUCAAAUAAACACUUAUUUGAAACUUUA